GGAGAAGACCGAAAAUGAGAAUUUGGUACAACGAACUUGGUAGGAGCACUAGCUACUAUACGAGUAGCCGUAGCGAUAGCACACAAAAACUUUUUUUUUCAAGAAUAUCAAAGAAUAUGAUCAUGACCAUGACGCCGUCAAUGUUGUUGCUUAUGACUGUGCUCCUUACAGGAGGAGCCUACAAUGCUAUGUGUGAGGCUGCAAUUGGUGACGGAUUGAGAAAUCAUUUUGUCGUGCCAAGAGGCGCUCCAGUCGACGAUAAAGAUGACACUUCUAGUGUCAAAUCUGGAGGGGGAGAUGUAGGGGAUGAACGAGGGUUGCCUGGUCGCGUUCCUUCUAUCGGUAUCGGGAACGAUCCACAUCUACCCCCAGUGCGCGACACCCGUCGAAUCCAGGCUUUACGUUUCUCUUUAGCGCCUGAUAAGCGGAGAGCUGCUCUGCAUGACGCAGACACUGAUUCCGAUGGUGGACCAGGUCGUGGUAAAGAUGAAGACGAGGAAGAAAUUGGGGGUUUUGUACAAGAGCCGCUGGUUUCUGUUCAACAGCAACAGAAGAGUUUUCGGCAACCUCAAAUCUACUCCAUCGCUUCUUCUGACUCGGACACACCCCUUUCGUCCGCUCACUCUUCAUCUCGUUCCUCACCACGUGGUGAAACGAGAGGCCAACAAGAUGCGCGACGAAGACGGUUUGUGCAGAAUGCAGAUGAUGCCAGAACAUCAAACAAACGAGCAGCUACGAAUGUACUUUCCUCCACCUCACGCAGUACAACUAGCAUGAGUAAACGAGCAAAGCUGGCGAAGUAUCUUCUUGGUGUCAAGAAACAACAAGACGAGUUAAAGGGGACUAGACUGGACAAGAUCAUUCAGAAAAUACACGAUUACGUACAUCAUGGCAUAAUCGGCGGAACUUCAUCAUCUCCGUAUAAUUCGUAUUCGUUCUUCACAACUUCUUCUUCUACUUCAAAAAUAACGUCAACAGAAGGAGCCGAAAAAAUGUGGUCCGACCGCUCACUCCGUGAUGAAGCACUCAAUUUGAUGCGAGCACUUAGACCUGCUCUGGUCGCGGACAAUUGGGCCAGUCGUCUACCUGAUUACGCAGGCCUUCUCAGCUUGGACCGCAUUGAGAGCAUCGUUGAAUUUUUCACUUUCGUUGUGGCGAAUGAGCCAAUCCACUGCCGCAGAGUCUCGGAGCUUUUGCGGAGGCUUUUUCAAGAAAGGGGUAGCCGAGACGAAGUAGACCAACCUGAAGGCGAAGUAGUUGGCAAGAAUAUACAAACGAAUACGUCGAAGCUUCCUCUUCCAAAGAUGCUAGGUGAAACGUACGAAGAAGCCGAAAAAAGUAGAAAACUUCGCGAGGCUGAGGAGGAAGCGAGAUUGAAGAAGCUGCAGGCGCAAGGAGGUGAACAGCGUGAAGUUGCUCCUAUAUCAUCAACACCUGAAGCGACCUAUCGUUUGGUCCUUUCACAUGGAAUUCCAGGGAAUAAGGACGACCUUGAGAAGAUUCGAAACUCCGGCUCUCCCUCUCGUCUCCCUAGAGCCGCUGCUAGCCAGUUAAAUGCUUCUGCUCCUCAAGAAUUUGAACAUUUCGCCAUCGGGACACCGGCAAGCGCAGCAUCAUCGUCAAUGAAUGCUAAGAGAAAGUUUUCGAUCAUGUACUAUAUCCUUGAUAGUCUAUCACCCGUCUUCUUGCGCUUCUUUUUCGAGAAGGUACAGGUUGGCUGGACGACCUCAAAUCCAUAUGGAGCACGAGGUAACAUGACAUGACAUGCACUCAUGGCGUUUCUGUAAAAUUCAUCACUGUACCUCAAGUAUCUAGAUCUCCUUCUACCCCGCCUACAUCACUUUCAUUUAGGAAAUGCACCUCUAUCCAAAGGACUCGACACCUCUUCUAAACCCAAGGAAGACUGCUCAACUCCGACUUCAAGAAACAAUCGUCGUCUGAAGAGGCAUAUCGAGAAGAUGGAAAAUGACUACGUCGAAGGCAGAGCUCGUCCGAGAAGCACGUCAUCCAGUUCCUUGUUUUCAACUUCAUCCUCCGAGGACAUUGCCUUGGGAGUGGAAGCAAAUGAAGAAGGCGUGAGCAGACGCGACAUUGUGCAUGGAAAAACUCGGCUUGCUUUGGGGGAAGAGUUAAGGCGCUAGCUACUGAACGACCUGAUGAUUGGUCGAUGUGCUGGGAAUACAGAAGAACCAUCAAGUAGAAGAUCUAAGAGGGACUUUUCAACAUCUACAUCAUGAUCAUGAUCUUGAUCAUCAUUUGAUGAAUAAUAUUAUGGACUUGAUAUUGAUUGUUACUUGGUCUUGGUACACUAGGACUAGCGCUUCUUCUUCUUCUUCUUCUUCUUGUUCUAAGUUAUGCCCCAUCUUCUGCAGCACCAGCAGCACACGAGCAGUCCGAUCUAUCCUCGUCCCCUCUUAUGCGCCAACAAGAGCAGACGUUUUUGCUGAUUUGGAGUCGACAACGCCGCUUAGUCGUGUGGCGAAAUAUCGCAAAAAUAUGGCGCGACUCUUCGAUACGUUCCCGACGCGUCCAACAAGUCGAUAGGAGCGGAGCAGAACCACGUAUUCUGCGAUUUCUCUCAGAAGUCGCUUAUUAUUAAGGCUCAGCUUUCUUCAAUGGUCAUCAUUUAGAUUGGAGUCACUGAGAUCGAAGAAGCGACCCCUUUGGAGAACAGGGGAAAAGGAAGGGAAAGGAGAGAGCUUUGAAGGGGGCCUCUUCCGUUCAGCAUCAGUGACCAUUGAGUGCUGAGCUUUAAUAUUACUUUACAAAGGGCUCUACAUCUGACGACGAGCAAGCGUGGAAGACCUUUGCGACAGACUUGGUAGGCGCAGAGGAGCUUGAGUGUGCGCGAUGUGGACAUCCUGUAGGAGGUCUUCGCAAGAGGGAGGGAGAGGCAGUGUCGUGUGGGGCGUUGAAUAAAGGUACGGCUUAAUGAUCAAGAUGAUUUAUCUGACAGCGACAGGGACACCGACAGCCAUAGCCAUGGUCUGUCUAAACUGAUAUUUGCCUACCGUAGGCCUAGUUGUCUCAGAGAACUACAGGAUGUAGAUCUAGUUGCACACCUCAGUAGAGCUGGUGCUGCCCUGCUUCCCCAUGCACUCUUACUUCUAACCUAGCAGGAAAUUAUGGUGGAAAAGGCGUCCCAGAAAUCGAUCGAAGCCGCCUUGCUGAGGACCUUAAGCACGCACACAACCUUGGAGAAGCUGCUGUCGAUGCUAGAAGGAUGGAGGAAAGCGAGAGCUCUGAAGCUGGUUCUGAGGGUGGACAAGCAGCAUUUUCAUCUUCUUCCUCUCAUUAAGGCUCAGCUUUCAUUGGUCAUUGUCAUUGAGGUUGGUCACUGACACCGAAGACGAGACCCCCUGAGAGAACAGGGGAAAGUGAAGGGAAAGGGGAGAGCUUUGAAGACGGUCUUUCCCGUUCAGCCUCAGCGACCAAUGAGUGUCGACCUUUAAUCUCAGCAACAGCAGAUGGAGAUGCCAAAGAACGCGAAUAUUACCACAACACCCAAUAACAAUUCACAUCAGCGUCAGCCUUCUCCCUCUUAUGUUUUUCUCGCUCCUGGUGGACCUCUCACAUCCUCUCCCGCGAUGAUGGCGGUUGCCCAGUCCGCAGCACGUCGUGGAGCAGCACGUGCGCCAGAUCUUCAGACUAUGAAUGGAACUAGUAGUGGUAAUCCUCCUGGUGGCGGUGGUGUCGCAUUUGGUGGCGGUGCUACUACAACAGGUGUAGUGCCUCCUGUCACUACUACAACCUUGGCAAUCCCUGGAUCGCAACGUCCGCCCGCACAACCUGCACCAGCUCCGAAAGUAGGACUCUGGCAGUCGUUGUUUGGUUGGGGAGGGGCUAACAGAACCACAACAUCAACUUCUACUGGUACUGGAUCAAGUAUUAAGGGUAGGUUAAAGGUGUUCUUGUUACCGAUCGUUUUGUCUUCCUGAAGGAGGUGGAAAGGCAUAACGAACGGGGUAAACGAACACCAAAAACCCACCUCUAAAAGUAGCCAACAGAAGUAUAUGUCAACUCCAUCACAUCAUCACGUCGCAGGAGGAGCUCAUCCCGGUCUAGUAACGUCUCAAGGCGCUCACUUUCAUCCAAGAGAUGUAGUCGACGUUGAUGCAGCAUAUCGGAACCAACAACAUCUAUAUCAUGAUGACUUUCUCAACGUGAACAGCAACAGCUACAACCAUCAUCCAGGAAAUGGGAUAAUGUUGGACCCUCUGCCAGGUGCUGGUAUGCUGCACAGGCACGGAUCACUCCUGCCAAGCGACUACCUACAUAGCUCAGGGUCUGGCUUCAACGGUUCAAUGCUGGUACCAAGGCUGGAUACUGAGGGGAUGAUGUAUUGAGUCGACUACUACCAGUAGUAGAUCUAGCUGUCGCUUUUCUACUUCGGAGUAGAAAAACUGGUGAUCAAUAUGCGUUUCCAUAUCCUUACUCCAGCACAACAUCUACGAUGAACGAUCUGUAGCAAGUUUCCAAAGCCUCCAAUUGCAUAACACAAUACCUCAGCCACCGACAUAAACUACAAGUGACACACAUCGACUUCGACAUGCCACACUGUCAUGGUGUACCUGUACGCGUUGAUGUUACCUCUCCUAUAAUCCUACGACCAGCAGCCCCGUUCGCGAAACCACCUGACGUUAGUACCAUCAUCCUUUUCUACAACGCGGAAGUACGAAGAAGAAAUUUUUUGUUGAAGCUUUACAUCGUGCACCUAUACCGACGUGGCAUCGGUAAUCUCAUUUAAAAAUUCGAAUCGAACAUUCAGAUGCGAAGACGAGACCCAUUGUAGUACGCUUAGUAUCAACAUACUUACAGGAGCUAUAUCAAUUGAUUGCGUUCUUGUUUUGUGAGAUUAUUCUCGAGACCAACAAGCACCAUGACAGGACACAAACUAACAUUUUUUCUGUUGUCUGCAAAACUCAAAGACAUACCGCAUAGUCAUAUCAAAUCCAACAGCGUUCUUGUUGUGCUCGAGGAAGAACAUGUUGUCCUGAACCUGUAGUUCGUCUUCUACUUCUGGCGUAGCC